AUGCACAUCAUGUUAUCCGAACCCUCGCUCGGUGAGCUGCCACCUGAGCUCGACCUUUUGAUCCAGCUCGCUGUCGACGAUAACCGCCCAACCAUCAUCUUGGACUCUUCGGGCUCGCGAUCAACCUGUGUUUUCAAAAAUCUCGCGUUCCAACAUGCCCUCGCCCAUAUCCCGUCACAUGCGCUGGAAGACUGGAUCCUCACUGAAUCAAGCGCCCCGUGCGCGACAAAGGCUACGCCGGCCACUAGCUUUGGGAACAGAGAGUGGAUUAAGAAAAAGCUUGGGAAAUUAUAUAUUGUCAUAUACUGCAAGCACGUGUUCGUGUCACCUCCUGCUGAACCUGCGGAUCAUGGCUCUUUGGAUACUAUGCUACAUGACUGGAUCAGAUUUCCGGAUCAAGUACCCAUCAACUCCUGGAUCCGCUACUUGCUAGACUACGAUUGGAGCAAAACCGCCAUAGGUGCUCUCUGUGGCCCACGUCUCGACCAAUGGCCGAUACAGCUGCGUGAGAUAUUACUUAGCUUUAUGCACUGUCCACGACCAAGGAUCAUUUACUGGGGCCCAGAUCUAAUACAGUUCUACAAUGAAUCUGCUUCGAAGCUAAAUGGUUCUAGACACCCUGUCUCGCUAGGCAACAAGCUAGCCGAUAUUUGGGGCUCGACCAUAUACGAUGAUACCGUAGAGCUGAUUCGAAGGGGUUGGGAAGAAGGCCAAUCUGUUUAUAACAAGGAAAGAAUGGUUCUGCACGAACGAGACGGAUUUCUCGAAGAGUCGUAUUUCGACUGGUUCCUUCUUCCCUUCAUUGGCUCGGAUGGUCGUUGGAUUUCCUCGGUGAGUUGCUUCAACGAAGUAACAUCUGGGGUUCUUCGCAAAAACAGAGAAGACGUCUCAUCAAAGUUCCUCCAGAAAACCACACAUGCUGUCGACCUUUCUGGCCUCUGGCUUGACUUCUUGGACAUCAUGGAUGAGGUUGCUGAUGAUGUGGUUUAUACGCUCUUGUAUAAAGUGCAGACCAAGGCUGCUGCCUCCAACGGACACAAGCAGUACGAUCUUUAUGGCUCUUCCGGUUUAACCUCACAAACGGCCUUUGAAACACCGUCCAGCGAACUGAUUGAGGUCUUUAAUCAGGCAGAAGCUGGCGAGAAUGUCAUCGCCCUGACAGGUAGCGACUUGUUGCCAGAGCUUGGUAUUAACGUGCCCGACUAUGGCACAGUCACUUCAGCGUUCGUCUUUACGAUAUCUGACGUGAAAGGCUCUGCUCAAGGCUCGGUAAUCGUCGGUAUCAAUCCCCGGAGGCGCGUAGAUGAGAAGUUGAAGAAAUUCAUAGACUCGCUGAGCGAGAUGCUCCUCAAAGCAGUCAUCAUAUUGCAAUCUCCUUCUAGCCAACGAAAAAUGCUACAGGCGGACGAUGGUCUCGGCUAUCGUCUUCAAUUAGAAAAGCUUACCAGACAGCUGAGUAUUGCGACUCUGAAGAAUGAGAAGAACCAGGAGACAUUCAGUCGCAUGGCAGAAGACGCCCCAAUUGGCAUGUUCAUAUAUCAAGGCGAUGGCAUCCCUAUCUACAUCAACGAUUCUUUCCUUGGACUUCUUGGUAUCACAAGAGAAGACUUCAUGGAGAAGGCUAAGACUGGACAUGCUUGGCGCGAUUGCAUUCAUCCCGAUGAUGAACAGCUCGAGAAGGAAGCUUGGGCAGCGGUCAUAGAGUCUCACGAAGUUCAGGUGUUCCAGUUUCGUGUCAAGGCAGGCACGGAGUCGUCACCGACUCGUGCACGUUGGCUCGAGAUUGUCGUCUUCCCACAGCGUGACGAGAACGAUGUGCUCGUGACGUUCCAAGGAUAUCUAAUAGACAUCACUAACAAGAAGCUGACAGAAGCUCUUAUGACCGAGAGAAUGAACGCAGCAAUCGACACUAAAAGAAAAGCACAAAACUUCAUAGACAUGAUUUCGCUGACACAGCUUGCAGNNGUCAUCAUCGACGAGGUACUCGAUUUCUCUAAGCUGGACUCCAAUCUUUUAGUGCUGGCUCCUGAGAGAACUAGACCUCGGGAGGUGAUCGAAAAAGCACUCAAGAUGUUUGAAGCUGAGAUGAAGAGCUCCGACAUCGAAACCAAGAUCGAAGAGUUACCGAGUGAUUGCUCUGCUGAUGAUGUGCUGUGUGACCCCAGCAGGCUGUUACAGAUCAUUAUCAACCUCAUCACCAACGCAUUAAAAUUCACGCGGAACUCGGACACCCGUCGCAUUACUUUGACAUACGGANUCUUUUCAACACCACCUUCGGCUCAGGACUGCGGAGUUGAGUUUAUCGAACCACGCAAGAAGGACUUUGACGAAACCGAAACUGUCUCAGCAAUGCUUUCCGCUCAAGAUCUAGACGAUGGUGCCGAUGAUGUCUACUUGCUAUUCAGUGUUACGGAUACUGGCUGUGGACUUACUUCAGAAGAAUCGCAACUUCUGUUCCAACGCUUUGCUCAAGGUAAAUCUAUAUGUUUGUGUCGGAACCAAGAGACUCAGCUAAUUGACGUCGAAAAGNCUCCCAAAACAUACAAGCAAUACGGCGGUUCCGGUUUAGGCUUGUUCAUAAGUCGCGAGCUUGUAGAACUUCAGAAAGGUCAGAUUGGUCUACACAGCGAACCUUCGGUGGGAAGCCGCUUCGCUUUUUACAUUCAGGCCAAGCACGCCGCUCGGAAGAGUCGUGCCGGCUCUGUGGCUUCGGUCGGGUCUACAAUUAGUGUUAAGAACCUGCCACAUUCUGUGGGUGGAUCUUUCGACGUGGUCAAAGUGCUCGAGAAGAUCGACGUAGUACCGCAAGCGAAAGCUCUGGUGAAAGACAUGCGGAUUCUGCUCGUCGAAGACAACUUGAUAAACUCAAAAGUCAUGUCAAAACAGCUGCGCAAACUUGGCUGCGAAGUCGAUGUAGCCGAGAACGGCCUCGAAGCUCUCAAUCAUCUAUCUCAGACCACCUAUCUCUCAAAGACCAAGGAAGCUACACCACUGAGUUUAAUCUUGCUUGAUGUCGAGAUGCCUAUUAUGGAUGGCUUGACCUGUAUACGCCGCAUCCGCGCUCUCGAACAGUCUGGAGAAAUUUCUGGCCAUGUUCCGGUUAUUGCAAUCACGGCUAAUGCUCGUAAUGAACAAAUUGCUGCUGCUAUUGAGGCUGGAAUGGAUUCGGUGGUCACGAAACCAUUUACUAUCAAAGAUCUUGUGCCGCAGAUGGAGGCUUUGGUCGAUAUGUGGUCGGGAUAUGGAUGA